GCUGUUAUGAUACAACGUAUUCACUUUGCACUGCGUCAUUGCCAAUAAUAUCUGUUGAUCUUACCAUAUUGUUGUUGGCUUCAUCGUUGAAAAAAUGUCGAGUUUCGAGGAGUGCAAGCUCAAGGCCGGCCAUCCACCAGCAGUUAAGGCUGGAGGAAUGAGAAUAACCCAACAUAAGACACCCAAAGAGGAUCGCGAGGUGAAGCCCAGCAAGGACAGCGAGGAUAGCAAGCCAUUGGGAAGUCCUCCAAAGACUGUGAUGAUCAGUGGAGUACCAUCCAGGGGUCACGCUGACUUUCCUCCCGAGGCUGUACAACAUUUCCAUGAAAAACCGAUUCCAACUCAUGACGAUCGUCCCAUGCACACUUCGAGGCCCAUCCACAUCCAACAGCCCAGGAAGUAGAGAUUCCCACUCGAUCGUCCGAGGCUUCGUCGAUUUGCCUUUAAUUUUCUGAAAGAAAAAAUCAAAACGACAAGAAAAACAGAACGACAAAAAUGCAUCGACAACCUCAGACUUCCAUAAAGACCGAUAAAGUUAAUGAUUCAAUAGACUGAAUCAUCGAGUACAUGCUAUCAACGAUAUCAAGUACUCGAGGUGCAGAGGAAUGUAAAAUUGUUUUCCAAGUGUCAUUCUUAUACUUUAUCGUACGUUAGUAUCAUUUUCUUAUUUCCACCUAGAGUGGACUCUUGAAUUUUUUCUUUGAUGCCCUCGGGACCAUGAAGCAUUUUUAGUUUAUUAUUCCACACCUCAGAUCACCUGAUUAUGAGCCGAAACCGAGUUUCGAUGUUGGAAAAUGAAAGAGGUUUAUUUUGGUAAUGGGAUUAUUAUAAGAAUAUUGUGAGAAAUUUCAAUAAAAUAUGUA